AUGCCGCCUCUCGGCAUUGGCACCUAUGAGCUGCGCGGCGACGACUGCGUGCAGGCGGUGCGAUCGGCCCUGCAGAUGGGCUACAGACUCAUCGACACGGCCGCCGCGUACCGCAACGAGGAUCUCGUCGGCGAGGGCAUCGCGACGAGCGGCGUCCCUCGUCACGACAUCUACGUGGUGGUGAAGAUCGCAAUGAAAAGCAUGGGCACUGACGCGGAGGUGCGGCGUGGCAUUUUGGAUAGUAUCCAGAAACUCCGCAUUCACUACGCAGACUGUGUGUUGAUGCACUGGCCGGGGUGUGGAGGGCUGAAGCCGGAGGACGCGGCCGGACAUCACGCUGCUCGUGCGCGGUGUUGGCGGGUAAUGAAGGCGCUACAGCUGGAAGGCAUCGUGCGCCACCUCGGCGUCUCGAACUUUCUGCCGCGACACUUCCCUCAGCUGGGCUGCUUUGUCGACCACUGCAACGAUCACCGCAGCAACGAGAGAACACCACCUACAAUGGACGCGUCACACGACCACGUUGCCCCGCAAUGCUCUGCGUCCACGUUGUAUGAGCUCCCCGCAGUGAAUCAGAUCGAGCUGCAUCCCCUCUGCGUACAGCGUGAAGUGGACGAGUACUGUCGUGGCAGGCAUGGGAUGGUGCUGCAGCAGUACUCGCCGUUGGGGAAAGGAGACGCGCGCCUGCUGCGGCACCCACGGCUUCUGGACCUCCACGCGCGUUUCUUCGCCGCCAGUGCGACGGAUGGCGAUGAAACCGGUAAGAAGAGGAGGACGGAAGAAGACGGAAAAGAUGAAGUGCGAACAUCGCCUAUGUACUCGGUGCCUGACAUGCUCUUGAUGUGGGGUCUCGCCCAGGGGUACUGCACGUUGGUGCGAAGUCAUAACGUGGCACAUCUGCGCUCCAACUUAGCGGCAGCGGAGGACUAUUUUGCCUCCCUUCACGCAACGCCCACUGAAAACGGCGCGGAACGCACUCGCCCCGUGCUGACGGCGGCGCAACUAGAUGCGCUUCACAACCUCCGUCGACACAUGGGCGUGGAGAACACGGAGGACCUUCACCUGUGCUGGUACAGCGCAGCGAUCGCCUGA